CCGCGCUCCCCGCUGGGCACGUCCUGCCGCCCGCGCCGCCCGCGCCGCUUGCCACCGCCCGCCGCCGCCUCGCGAGCCGCUUUGUCUCGGGCGGGGCGCACGGAGAGGCCGCCAGGUGCCCCCCGCCGCGGGCCCGGGCCCCCCGCCCCGGGGCGGCGACGGCGGUGCCGGGCCCCGGGGCGGAGGGCGCGCCGGGAUGGGCCCCAAGCGGCGGCAGCUGACGUUCCGGGAGAAGUCGCGGAUCAUCCAGGAGGUAGAGGAGAACCCGGACCUACGCAAGGGCGAGAUCGCGCGGCGCUUCAACAUCCCGCCGUCCACGCUGAGCACCAUCCUGAAGAACAAGCGCGCCAUCCUGGCGUCGGAGCGCAAGUACGGAGUGGCCUCCACCUGCCGCAAGACCAACAAGCUGUCCCCGUACGACAAGCUGGAGGGGCUCCUCAUUGCUUGGUUCCAGCAGAUCCGCGCCGCGGGCCUGCCGGUCAAGGGCAUCAUCCUGAAAGAGAAGGCGCUACGGAUAGCGGAGGAGCUGGGCAUGGACGACUUCACGGCUUCCAACGGCUGGCUGGAUCGCUUCCGCCGGCGCCACGGUGUAGUGGCCUGCAGCGGCGUGACCCGCUCCCGGGCGCGAAGCUCUACCCCCCGGGCCCCAGCGGCACCUGCCGGCCCAGCCGCGGUGCCCUCCGAGGGCAGCGGUGGGAGUACACCAGGCUGGCGCACGCGGGAGGAACAGCCGCCGUCGGUGGCUGAGGGCUACGCCUCGCAGGAUGUGUUCAGCGCCACCGAGACCAGCCUGUGGUACGACUUUCUGUCCGACCAGGCCUCGGGGCUGUGGGGAGGUGAUGGAACGGCUCGCCAGGCCACCCAGCGCCUUAGUGUUUUGCUGUGCGCCAACGCUGAUGGCAGCGAAAAGCUUCCCCCGCUGGUCGCAGGCAAGUCCGCCAAGCCCCGUGCAGGCCAAGGUGGUCUGCCCUGUGACUACACUGCCAACUCUAAGGGUGGAGUCACUACCCAGGCCCUAGCUAAGUACUUGAAAGCACUGGACACCCGAAUGGCUGCAGAAUCUCGUCGGGUCCUUUUGCUGGCUGGCCGUCUGGCUGCCCAGUCCUUGGACACCUCGGGCCUGCGGCACGUGCAGCUGGCCUUCUUCCCUCCCGGCACUGUGCAUCCAUUGGAGCGAGGAGUGGUCCAACAGGUGAAAGGCCACUACCGCCAGGCUAUGUUGCUCAAGGCCAUGGCAGCACUCGAGGGCCAGGAUCCCUCAGGCCUCCAGCUGGGCCUGGUGGAGGCCUUACACUUUGUGGCUGCAGCCUGGCAAGCGGUGGAGCCCUCGGACAUAGCAACUUGCUUUCGGGAGGCCGGUUUUGGAGGUGGCCUUAAUGCCACUAUCACCACUUCCUUCAAGAGUGAGGGAGAAGAGGAGGAGGAAGAGGAGGAGGAGGAAGAAGAAGAAGAAGAAGAAGAGGAGGGUGAAGGGGAAGAGGAGGAGGAAGAAGAGGAAGAAGAAGGGGAGGAGGAAGAAGGUGGGGAAGGAGAGGAGGUGGGAGAGGAAGAAGAGGUGGAAGAGGAGGGUGAGGUUGAUGACAGUGAUGAAGAGGAGGAGGAGGAAGAGGAGGAAGAAAGCUCCUCUGAGGGUUUAGAGACUGAAGACUGGGCCCAGGGAGUAGUGGAGGCCAGUGGUGGCUUUGGGGGUUACAGUGUCCAGGAAGAGGCCCAGUGCCCCACCCUCCAUUUUCUGGAAGGUGGGGAGGACUCGGACUCAGACAGUGAUGAGGAGGAGGAAGAUGAAGAGGAGGAUGAGGAAGACGAUGAAGACGAGGAUGAUGAUGAUGAUGGCGAUGAGGUCCCUGUACCCAGCUUUGGGGAGGCCAUGGCCUACUUUGCCAUGGUCAAACGGUACCUGACCUCCUUUCCCAUUGAUGACCGCGUGCAGAGCCACAUUCUUCACUUGGAACAUGAUCUGGUCCACGUGACUAGGAAGAACCAUGCCAGGCAGGCGGGAGUUCGGGGUCUUGGACAUCAAAGCUGAUCUGCGGGACAUAGCUGCGCUCCAGCCCAGAUGGACAGUAUCUGCCCAAGGCAGAGAACUCUGGGCAGCUGCUGGAGAUGGCUGGAGGAGUUGCAGGGCCUUCAGUAAUGCUUCGCCCGGCCCCGAGACAGGCCCAGGGGCUGAGGUCUGCCUCACUGCUAUUGCCUCCUUCUCAGAUUCCUCUUUCCUCCCCAUUAGUUCCUGGGCUCAGGGCACUGGUUGGGUGGGAAGCUGUCCGGUGCUACCACGUCAUGCCACCAGUGGGCUAGACCAUAGCAGCAGCCAGGGACAAGUGCUGGAAGCUCUUGGCCAGAGAGUGCCUCUCCCCUUGCCACCCAAACAGGUCUUUGGUGGGGGGGAUCCCAAAGCCAUUCUGGAAAGGGCUCCAGAGAAAGGUCCAGCCUAGGUUCCCACAAAACUAGCAUCCCCCCUUCCUGCACCUCUAGGCUGCCUAAAGAAGCACAGUGUAACGUAGGGCAGGCUCCUGAGCCUGCCUCCUGCCUGCUUUCCACCUCCCUAAAUCCCUUGCUCUGGCCCAGUCUUUGGCCCUUGGUUUUCUUUCCAGAUUGGAGGUUUCCAAGAGGCCCUCUUGGGGAGUGACAACAGGCACCUCCAAUCUGGGCAGCUGCAGGCCUUGUGCCUCAACCUCUGCAGGCCCCCAUCCUGGGCAGAGGGGCCUGGGGCUGGGCCCAGAGUCCAGCCGUCCAGGUGCUCCCUUCCCAGUUUGAAUUCAAUAAAUCUGUCUACUCCCCUUUUGUGGGAGUCAAUGUUUUAACA